GGUUUGCUUUAAGUUCUAAAGAGAACAGACCCUCUCCGUAGAAGCCAGACGCGGGAGCGCGAAAGGAUAGGCGAGGGCAGCUGAGAACGUGUCUCCUGACUGCAGCGCCCGCCCUAGGUCACCAUGGCAUCUGGACCCACCAUGACGGCCCCCAUCUGCCUGGUAGAAAACCAGAAAGAGCAGCUGACAGUGAAUCCAGAAGCACUAGAGAUUCUUAACAAUAUAUCUCAGCCUGUGGUGGUGGUGGCCAUUGCAGGACUGUCUCGGACAGGAAAAUCCUACUUGAUGAACCGCCUGGUGGGACAGAACCAUGGUUUCCGACUGAACUCCACAGUGAGAUCUGAAACCAAGGGCAUCUGGAUGUGGUGUGUGCCCCACUCCACCAAGAAGAACCACACCCUGAUCCUUCUGGACACUGAGGGGCUGGGGGAUGUGAAAAAGGUUGACCCUAAGAAUGACUCAUGGAUCUUUGCCCUGACGGUGCUUCUGAGCAGCACCUUGAUCUACAACAGCAUGGGCACCAUCAACCACCAGGCCCUGGAGCAGCUGCACUAUGUCACUGAACUAACACAGCUAAUCAGGGCAAAAUCCUCCUCAACCUCUGAGGAAGUGAAGGACUCCACUGAGUUUGUGAGUUUCUUUCCAGACUUUGUAUGGACUGUUCGGGAUUUCACCCUGGAAUUGAAGAUAGGUGAAGGUCCAAUCACUGAAGACGAGUACCUGGAGGAUGCCUUGAAGCUGGUUCCAGAGCAUGGCACAAAUCCCAAAAUCCAGAAUUCCAACAUGCCCAGAGAGUGUAUCAGGCAGUUCUUUCCAAAACGGAAGUGCUUCGUCUUUGACCGGCCUACAAGUGACAGAAAUCUCUUAUUCCAUCUUGAGAAGGUGCCAGAAGACAAGCUAGACAGUGCUUUCCAGGAGCAAUCAAAGAAAUUCUGUACCUAUAUUUUCAGUCACACAAAGACCAAGACCCUAAGAGAGGGAAUCACUGUCACUGGGAGCCGGCUGGGGACUCUGUUGAAAGCCUAUGUGGAUGCCAUCAAGAAAGGAGCAGUUCCUUGCUUGGAGAAUGUGGUGACAACUCUGGCUCAGCGUGAGAACUCAGUGGCCGUGCAGAAGGCAGCUGACCACUACAGCAAGCAGAUGGCCCAGCGACUGAGGCUCCCCACAGACACACUCCAGGAGCUCCUGGAUGUACAUGCAGACUGUGAGAGGGAAGCCAUCGCAGUGUUCAUGGAGCACUCCUUUAAGGAUGACAAGCGGGAAUUCCAGAAAAAGCUGGUGGACACCAUUGAGAAAAAGAAGGAAGAUUUCUUGCAGCAGAAUGAAGAUGCAUCUUUCAAAUAUUGCCAGGCUAUAAUGAAGCAGCUUUCAGAGCCUCUGAAGAAAAGCAUUUCAGAAAAAACUUUCUCUGUUCAUGGAGGACAUGAUCUCUACUUACAAGCAAAGAGAAAGGUUGAACUUGACUAUAAACUGGUGCCUAGGAAAGGAGUUAAGGCAAAUGAGAUCCUCCAGAACUUCCUACAGUCACAGGCAACAAUAGAGGAAUCCAUCGUGCAGUUAGACACAGCCCUUAAUAGAGGAGCCAUGGCCAUAGCAGUGGAGCGGGCCAAAAAGGAGGCAGCUGAGAAAGAACAGGAGCAGCUAAAACAGAAAGAACAUGAGCAACGGCAAAAAAUGGAGGCUCAAGAGAGAAGCUUCAGUGAAAACCUGGGCCAGCUGGAAGAGAAGAUAAAGAAGGAAAGAGAAAACUUUCGGGUAAUGCUGGAAAGGAUGUUGAAGCAUUAUCUGCAGGUCCAAGAAGAAUUGCUUAAUGAAAGAUUUGGAAAGAAAUCUGAGGAAUUGAAUAAGGAGAUAAAUCGACUAAAAAAAGAGAUUGAGACAGCAAAAAAAAAUGAUUCACUAUUGAUUUCAAAUGCAAUUGAAGUGGCUGGGAAAGUAUUAAUUGUUGCACUACCUGAAAUUUUUAAGCUAUUCCAUGAAGGGAAGACAGUUCUCAGUGAAAAAAAUUAAAUGGGCUUAGAUUUCUUGUUAAGGAUAUUAUAAAAUGAGGCUUCUUUUGCAUUAAUAAUGUAAUACUGUGCUCAUUUUUGAAAUACAUGUGUUAUGCCACUUUCACACAACUUCAUUUACUUUCACACAAUUUUAUUUAUGCUUAAAAAUAAAAAGUG